AUGACUGAUCUUAGCUCAUUACAAGCGAUAUUAUAUUCGAGAAAAAUAGAUUCUUCGACACUAAAACCAUAUACAAAUAUUCAUCUUAAUAAUAAUGGCGAUCUGAUAUUAUCAACUCCUUCAUUAGAUUCCUACCGCGUUAUCAACGAUCCCUUGCACAAGUAUGAGUCGAAGAGUCAUCGUCUACCAGACGGUAUAGAUCAUCGAAUAUUAGCCUAUGAUUCGCUCGAAAGUCAGAGAUAUGAAGCACUGCACAUGAAACAACCAGUUCCACGUUAUGUGACAAGAGUUUUUCAAGAAAGAUUUGGUUCUGUGGUUUCACCUCGAUCAGAUCCAUCGAAAACUAUUCGAGCUCAUACGGCUCCAGGUUAUCGUGUAUUAAAUGAACAUAUACCCACUAAUAAAGAAACAAUGAUAUCACAACGUUUUAACAAGAUAAACCCUUUUGUAACAGAAAAAACCAAAUAUUUAUUACGUGAAUCAGUUGCUUGA